AUGCCUUCAGCAAGAGGGCAGCUCCCCUCCAGUUGGGGCGCCUACGAGCGUGAUCGCGCAGAUUCCACCAACUCGAGCGUGCAGUUCAAUGCGGAAAGCGAGCAACACCAGCGGCCGGUCGAGGAACAUCUGAACCCGUACGCAUACCAAGGAGGGGAUAGCAAACCCCCGCGAAGGAGAUCGUCAAUGUCCCAGGCUUUCAAUUCGAUAAGGAACGCGGGUGGUGUGAACAGCUUGGACAACUUUGCUCGCUCAUGGCAGCGUGCAGUGGGGUUUCACGAGGUCACGCCGGUACGGCCGAGCUUUCGAUAUGCCGAUGAUGAUGGUGAGGAUGAUCAAGAGGCAGAUGGGGACGAAGAGUCUGGCACACCAAAAGCACACAGAUCACUGCUCAGACAGCAGCUGGAAGCGCAGGACAGAACUGUGUCAGACGAUGCCAUUGAGGAUGCCGAUACCGAUACGACGGUGACGAGACUGUCUCGACAAGGGACGAAAGACAAGGAUCAGCAGAUGUCAGAGUCGUUGCGGGAACAGGAGCCGUUACUGAGCAGGACCACAUCGCUGCAACAACAUGCAGACGAUAACAUCUUCCUCGUGGAGCCUUCGCUGGCAUCGCCUUUUGGAGGAAGCUAUGGCAGUACGUGGGGAUCGCUGUCUUCGAGAGUAAAUGAGUCGUCAAUGCGACAUGCUGGACGACUUUUCCGCCAACAACAGCAAAAAGGCACCACGGCGCCUGAUAAGGAACGGGAGCCAUUGAUUGUCAAGCGUGUCGAGGAAGAUGAUGGAAAGGUGGUGAAUGUGGUCAUUGGCCAAUCCACGCUACCGCAGACUAUUUUCAACAGCGUCAAUGUCCUGAUCGGUGUCGGCCUGCUGGCACUCCCACUGGCCAUGAGGUAUGCUGGAUGGAUACCGGGACUGAUAUUCUUCUUCUUUGCUGGUGUUUCCACCCGCUACACAGCCAAGCUUCUCGCGAAAUGCUUAGACGUCGAUUCAAGCCUCAUCACCUUCGCUGACCUGGCCUACGUCUCCUUUGGACCAUGGGCCCGUAUCGGCACAUCCAUUCUCUUUAGCUUGGAACUACUAGCCGCCUGCGUCGCGCUGGUGGUCCUCUUCGCCGACUCCCUCGACGCUUUAGUCCCCUGGGGCAUCAUCGAAUGGAAGGUCGUAUGCGGCAUCAUCCUCAUCCCUCUUAGCUUCGUGCCUCUUCGAUACCUCUCCUUCACCAGCGUCCUCGGCAUCCUCAGCUGCUUCGGAAUCACCCUCGCCGUCCUCGUUGACGGUCUCGUCAAACCACAUACCCCAGGCUCUCUCCGCGAACCUGCCAAGACCUACCUCUUUCCGUCGAACUGGCUCACCCUCCCCAUAUCCUUUGGUAUCCUCAUGUCACCCUGGGGCGGCCACUCCGUCUUCCCCAACAUCUACCGCGACAUGCGUCAUCCCUACAAAUACCGCAAAGGCGUCGACAUAACUUACGCCUUCACCUUCUCCCUCGACCUCCUCAUGGCGGUAAUCGGCCUCCUCAUGUUCGGCGACGGCGUCGCCGACGAAGUCACCCGCAACAUCCUCUCCGAAGAAGGCUACCCGGCCGCCAUCUCCCUCUUCAUCGUCAUCUGCGUCGCCAUCAUCCCCCUAACAAAAAUCCCCCUCAACGCCCGCCCGAUCGUCUCGACCCUCGAACUCUUCCUCGGCCUCGACGCCCGCGCCCUCGGCGCCGCCCCCGCCACGACCGGCCUCUCGGGCCUCUCGCGCGGCAUCCUCAAAAUCACCGUCCGCGUCCUCUGCGUCGUCGUCUUCGUCCUCCUGGCGAUUCUCAUCCCGCAGUUCGAUACGAUCAUGAGCUUGCUGGGCGCCGUGGCGUGUUUUACCAUUUGUUUGAUUUUGCCGUGUGCGUUUCAUUUGAAGCUGUUCGGCAAGGAACUCAGUGCGUGGCAGAAGGGUGUGGAUUGGGGGUUGAUUGUUGUUUCGAGUGUCCUCGCGGUUGUGAGUACGGCGUUUAAUUUUGUGCCUAAGGAGAUGUUGGGGGCUUGA